GUAUUCCGUUCUCCAGUGGAAUAAAAACCUCGCUACACUGAGGUUACUGAGUAUCCCAAACUCUCGACGUGGUGUCUCCCGACUAUAUAUAGACCUGUCGACCUGCAACCUGCUCGAGGUCAGACAGAUGUCCGGAUAUAUGCGUUGGUGAUCCCGGAAUACCCUCGUUCAGAUACAUGGUCUGACAGCCCACUACAAGUCCACAGAUCUGCCGACGGGGCCAUGAGUGCAGCAGGUUUUCCUUCCAUUCCUUUGGAUAUCGCACAAUUUACUGGACCUCUCCUUCUAGGUCAUUUAUUCAACUGGGGUCUCUUCGGCGCUCUGAGUGUGCAAACCUACAUAUACUACAUUGCUUUCCCUCAUGAUCGGUUACUUCCCAAAAGCAUCGUUGGCUUUGCAUUCAUAGCUGAACUUCUGCAGACUGUUCUUGCGACUUUUGAUGCAUUUCGCUAUUUUGGGAUGGCGUGGGGGAACUUGAACGAGUUGAACAAUGUUGGCUUCUUUUGGUUCAAUGUGCAGAUUCUAGGAAGUAUCAUGUCCUUCACUGCGCAGGCGUUUUUCGCUUGGCGGGUGUGGAUCCUAAGUAAGAACAAGUGGAUCGUAGGAAUCAUUUUAAUCCUUGCGAUGAUGUCACUUGUCACUGGUCUAUACUCUGGUGCUCUCACCCAUAUCAUCGGCACUUUCUCGGAAGUGCAGAGGCAGGCUUAUAAGACCACUUGCGUAUGGCUUAGUGGAACAGCCCUUUGUGAUGUCAUCAUUGCCACUGCCAGUGUGGUCUUGUAUUUGCACAAAACAAGGAUUAGGCUCUACAACAAUUCUACCUUCUUGAGCAAAUUCUCUCGACUCACCAUCGAGACGGGUUUGACCUGUGCCAUCGUUGCGAUUAUUCAUCUUUCGCUCUUCCUUGGGUCCCAGCGGAACAACUAUCAUCUUGCACCGAGUAUCGCUCUGAGCAAGGUGCAUGCUAACAGUUUGCUUGUGAUUUUGAUGGCAACCGAAUCUGACGCGUUGGCCGACUUCAAUCGACUUUCAUCACUUACCGAGAACAACGAUCACUCCGCCAUAUCCAUAUCCAUUUCUCACACGAAGGAAGCUGAUACGGAUGAUGUGCCUCGAGCCAAGAGCAUUUCUAUGACAGACACGGACAAAGGGUGCCAAAGAACCAAUCCAAGCAAUAUCUUGCGCCUCAGCUCAGCUUCACCCGUGUAGCCGUAUGCACCAUCUGGGCGUUGAGCUUCAAGCUGCGUUGUGAAUGAUGUCGAUUGAACACAAGACAACAUGUUCGCACACGUGUUGCAACCAACGUGGCUGAGGUGGAAGCAACGUUGGGUCCUGGUAUGGACAACUUAAAGGACAUAGUUGCAGACCCAUUACGAGAUACGGUUCAACAGAUUGUACGGUAGAGAUAGACAAAAAUAUGCAAGAAAUAUGCGAAUGAGAU